UUGUUUUUUCACGUUAACAUACAAUAGCAAGAUCGUAGUGUUAAAUUGAAAACGGAAAAAUACCUCGUUCUGAUUAAACGGACAUGAUGCUCAUACAUAUAUUUAUUGUUAUAACAGUUAUUUUCGUAGAAGGCACGCAACAAAACGACUUUUACGAUGAAGACAAUUCCAUUGACGAUUCCUACAAACCGAUGUAUGUGGACUUUGUACUGGGAUCCGACGAGAAGUCGUCUGAUGAUAGAAGCGACGUCUUCAUUAGAGGUCAACUACGGAAGAGACAUGAACUGAUUUAUAAGAAGAGAGUCCCGGUGUACAUGAUACCUGAAUACUCAGUCCAUGUCAUAAUGGACGAUGAUAGAGAUGAAGAUUAUGAAGAUAUGAAGAAAUAUACAAAGAAGAAAUUCUACAACAAAAAGAAAUGGCCAAAAAAAAAGUCCCAACCUGUCAUAAACACACAGCCCAAGAGAAAUUGUAAAAUAUCCUGUUACAUAAUAUGUAUAUGUUUUUAAAUAAAAUGUCAAAAA